AUGCACAUGUUCCUUUUUGGAGCCUAUGGCCUAUGGCUACCCACCUAUACUCCAGCACCCCACCUGCAGCAUUCCUCGCAGAAAGUCACGCUUUGCCGGGCACCUCGGGCCCUCCCAUGCCAUGAUUUCAUGGCAUACCCUGAAGGUCGCAAUGUCGAUGACAGCGUUGUCUUCCUAUGCUUGGAGGCCAGCGACCUCUUGUUGGAGCCGAUGUGCAGCACGUGGGAGCUCCAACAGGAACUUGUGCCCUACGUCCUCUCGCACUCGCUCCAGAAUGACCUUUUCCUGAAGCUACCAAAGGCUGAACGCCAGGCACAGGUCAAGAUCCUGACCCAGAGGAUCCUCAGUGGCGAAACCGGGCAUCCCAACGGAGAGUCCUCCGCGGAUGAGGGCACUGCUUCGCCGUCCACGCCGAGGGAUCCGAUGGCAGAUGCGCUGAGCCCUGCGCGCUUUUGGGCACAUCUGAGAAGCAAGAAGCUCAUGAAAGCCCAUGGAAUUCGAGCUACAGCUGCCUCUCCGAGCUGGGGCCGAACCUACCGGGAAGGGUCCCAGGCUUGCUCUGGGCUCUUCGCGGUUUCCGGGGGCUUUCCGGCAACUUCUGGCCUCCUCCUCGGCACCUGCUUGGCGAUUCCAAGGAGGGCCUGGCUCAGGUGGAGGGUUUGCAGACACGCCCGGCGGCGGCGCCGAAGUCGUUUUGCAGACGCUACGAAGGAGGAUUCGAUCCCAUCGACUGAUCCGGAGGAGCAGGAGGAACUCCCAGAGCCGAUCUUUGUGUUCUGGGACUUGGACAACAAGAAGUUGCCGCCAGACGUCAGCCUGGCAACCGCCGUAGUCGCUCUUCAGGAGAGGUUCCUCCGCGCCUGCCCGCAGGCUGUGCACCUCUAUGCAAGCUAUAAAACUGUGAAAUUCCUGGGCCGGCACGACUAUGACAUCCUUCAGUCAGCGCUAGCGAGUGCCUGGUCGCAAGACUUGCAGGAUUUUCUGGAGGCCUUCACAGAAAAGGCACCCCACGGGGUUCGUUUGAAGUUGGUGCAAGAUGGUGCGGAAGUGCAAAGGCCUGCUUCCGUGACCAUCACGCCCGCGCAGCCACAAGCUGCUGACUGCCUCCUUGUGCGUGAUCUUCUGAGAUUAGUGGCUCCCAUAUCAGCUGAGACCUCCUGUGGCACCGUGUGCAUCAUCUCAGACGAUUCAGAUUUUGCAAAGGUCAUUCUGGAUGUGCACCACAGCGGCUGGAAAGUAGCCGUGGCCAGCCAACCCAACAGCUGGACCCUCCGACGGCGCAGCGAUUUCUGGAUGGAUUGGACGGACUUUCAUGCAAGCCUGCCCGGUGCUGUUUGCACCGAGGACCGAGGCUAUUGUCUGAGCGAAAUGGAAAGCCUGCAAGGCAAUGUGGACAUCUCUGCUCAUGCAGUUGCAAACGGCGACAAUCGCGUACGCAGGGACAUCAACAGGGACCAGCGCGGCCACAAGCGAUGA